CCGGGGCGGGGCUGUGGCAGGCGGGGCCAGAGCUGGGGUCGGAGGAGCGAGCUAGCGAGCCAGAGAGACCAGGAACAGCUGCGGAAUACGAUCUCUGAGCCUCGGGGACACCAGGCCAGCAGCCAUGGCAGUAGAAGGAGGAAUGAAAUGUGUCAAGUUUCUGCUCUAUGUCUUAGUGUUGGCCUUUUGGGCCUGCUCGGUGGGGCUGAUUGCAGUGGGAGUGGCAGUCCAAUUCACCAUGAACCGAUACAUACCCAUAGGGUCCACUACUGGCUCUGUGGUGCCUGUUGUCAUCAUAGCUGUGGGUAGUUUCCUCUUCCUUGUGGCCUUCUUGGGCUUUUGUGCUACCUGUAAGGAGAAUUACUGUCUUAUGACCACGUUUGCCAUCCUUCUCUCCCUCAUCGUCCUAGUAGAGAUAGCUGCAGCUAUUGCUGGAUAUAUCUUCAGGGAAAAGGUGAAGUCAGAGUUUGAAAAAGGCUUCCGGGAAGAAAUGAAGAAAUAUGGGAAAAGUAAUAUCACAUCACAGUUCUUGGAUACAUUGCAAAAAGAAUUUACAUGCUGUGGGGCAGCGAACUACACAGAUUGGGAGCAAGUACCCGAAAUGGCCAAAAACAGGGUUCCUGACUCUUGUUGCAAAAAUGUCACCCAAGGCUGUGGAACUGGCUUCAAACCUAUGGAUCUUAAUGAGGAAGGCUGUGUGGAGAAGAUAGGAAAUUGGCUGAAGCAGAAAGCUUUGGUGCUGGCGGGUGCAGCACUGGGCAUCACAUUUGUAGAGAUUCUGGGAGUUAUCUUUGCUUGCUGCCUCAUGAAGAAUAUCAGAAGUGGUUAUGAGGUGAUGUAGGGGUCUUUGGUACCCCUCAUCACCUUCUCCUGGAAACAAGGGUGUGUGUGUCCUGGGUUUUUCAUUUAAUAAAUGGAUUUUUUUUCACUCUGAAGAGAA